GCUAUUGAAGAAGAAGGGGGAAAUCCUGAUGAGGUUCCCAUGGCCUCAGAGAACACUAGCAAGAAGACCCCCAAAAGAUCUUUAAAAGGGCGUAAAUCAGAAGAAGAAGGGGGCGAGGACAAUGGAUUGGAAGAGAAUUCCAGAGAUGGACAGAAGGAUGUUGAAGCAAGCUCAGACAACUUGCAGGAUAUCGACAUGAUGGACAUCAGCGUGUUGGAUGAAGCCGAAAUAGAUAACAGCAGUGCCGUGGACUGUGGAGAUGACUACCGCUCUGAAAGCAUUCUGGAUCCUGAUAAAGAUAACAUUGAUAUGGAAAUGAAAGAACUUCCAGAGCAGCUGAUGGAAAGCGAGGAGAAUGGUGACGAACUUGAUGAUCAGUUAGAGGCUGCUUCACCUGACUUGGCUGAAGUGAAGGAUUUGGAAGAGCAUCAUUCAGAACCAGAAAAUGAGAAAAUGCUCGACAUUUUGGGUGACACUUGUAAAUCUGAGCCUCUUAAAGAAGAUGCAUCCGAAUCGGAGCAGGCGCAGGAAGCAAAUGAACCGUCCCUGGGCAAAAAGGAAGAAGAGGAAGACACGCUGGCUGCCGGCACCCAGUUGGACGAAGACCUUGUAGAUAAGGACAGCCAAUCAGGCCCAGCUGAGGCCAAGAACCAAGAGGACGAAGGGAAUCUCUUAGUGGUAGCGAAAGGGGAGCCCAGCGAGCAGACAGUUGAGGAAGACAAACCGGACUCGGACUCUUUAGCGGUAGAGAGCAGGAGUGGAGGUGGUGAGAGUAGCAAAGAAGCCCAAACUCUGGAAGCCUGUAGUGAGGAAACCGCGGAAUCGGACACAGGUCCCCAAGUGGUUAGUCCAGAGGCCGAGAAGAUGGAAGUGAAGGCUAAUGUUGAGGAGGAGCCUUCUGCCACUAGAGAGUCCUCUGCCCAAGAGGGUGGUGAUCAGAACACGAGUUCUGAGGAAUCCAAAGAUCCCAAACAGUCUUCAAAAGAGGAAAAAGGUCACAGUAGCACUAGCACCGGUCGGAACUUCUGGGUCAGUGGUCUUGCUUCCAGUACCCGAGCAACUGACCUGAAGAACCUCUUUAGCAAAUAUGGGAAAGUGGUUGGUGCCAAGGUGGUGACCAACGCUCGUAGCCCGGGGGCUCGCUGUUACGGUUUUGUGACAAUGUCCACAGCUGAAGAAACUACCAAAUGCAUUGCCCAUUGCCACAAGACGGAGCUGCACGGCAAAAUAAUCUCAGUGGAAAGAGCAAAGAAUGAACCUGCCACGAGGAAGCUUCUGGACAAAAAGGACAGUGAGGGGAAGACUGAAACGUCCUCUGGGGAUAGGGCUUCCAGUGCAAAAAAGAAUGAAAAAUCUGAUGCAAAAGAAGAUAGUAACAAAAUGGAUGAAAAAGACGAAAAGGGGAAAGAGGAGCAGAAAUCUUCAUCUGCCGAUAAAUCUAAGACUCCCAAAUCAGGGGGCAAAGGGACAGAGAGAACCGUGAUAAUGGAUAAGUCCAAGGGUGAACCAGUUAUCAGGGUGAAGACCACAUCGCGAUCAAAAGAAAGAAGUGAGAAAAGUCAGGAUCGCAAGUCAGAGAGCAGAGAAAAGAGCCGAGAGCGACAAGGCUCCGCACCAUUCAACAAAACCAGAGACAAGCGACCAAAUGAAGAACAGCACCGCGCCGGCGACCGUCGAGAAAGACAGCGCUUGCGCUUGCAAGCCAUCUGGGAGCAGGAGGAGCGGAAGAGGUUGGAGAUCACCCGCGAGAAGCUGGAGUUUGAACGGGCGCGCCUGGAACAGGAGCAGAUGGAGCGGGAGCGGCUGGAGAGAGAACGGAUGUACAUUGAGCAUGAGCGGAGACGAGAGCAGGAACGGAUCCAGCGGGAGAGAGAGGAACUGCGGCGGCAGCAUGAGCAGCUGCGCUACGACAAGGAGAGGCGCGUGGCCCUGCGGAGGCCGUAUGACAUGGAUGGCAGGAGAGAAGGGUCACGGGGGAUGAUGGGAGACCGAGAGAGGCCGCACUAUGCAGAGGAACGUCACAGGGAUCCAGAUCGCCACUCCAGAGAUGGCUGGGGCGGCUAUGGGUCGGACAGGCGCAUGAACGAGGGGCGGAGGAUACCUCCACAGUCCCGAGAUGGACGUGACUGGGGGGAUCACAUCAGAAAAUUUGAAGGCCACCCCGGUCGCUCUUGGCCAGGCAACGAUGAUGGGGGCCCACCAGGACGUGAACAUGAGCGAUGGCGAGGUGGGGGCAGAGAACGGCGUGGCCACAUAAUGCCGCGAGGUGGAAUGUCUGGGCAAGGAGGAUUCAUCCCAGGUGGCCUGCAGGAACCGACUGCCCAGGGAGAGGGCUUUGCAGGACAAGAGAGGGCAAACCGACCCGGCGACCCCCGGUUCAGCUGUCACUAUUGAAUGUUUUUAUUGUUUUUAACUGUACAAAUGGCAACCAAGAUGAGGGACAAAGAUACUCGACACCACGACUCAGUGUGUACCACUGACUGUGACUCUUAAGUUAACCUUCAUUGUUUCACUUCCUAGCUCAGUAUGUGAAGCCAUUCAUCAUAAUUAUUUUUUUUUUUUGUAACGUGUUUCUGUAGGUGCUGCCGCACACGCUCAUCCUUUCAAAGAAAACGUGUUUCUUUUACGAGGCAUUCCAUUUUCUAUAAAUAAAGGGGGAAAAAAGUACGAUUUA